UAUGUUAUGGCAAUAUUUAAUAAUAGUCUAAUUUUGCUAUCAUUCAGCUUUAACACAAAUAGCAUCUCAUACAUUUGAAUUAACAAAAGUCGCUCAAUAAAAUUAUAUCACUCAAAAUCAAAGCAUUAAUUUACAUUAUUAUUACAGCGAUUAUUAUGCUAUGAAUUUGAGAAUUGGAACACCUAACUAAGUUUUUUAGGUUCUUGUAGAUACAGGUUCAAGUGUAAAAAUAUCAAAAUUAUAAAGAUAUUAUGGUUAGCUAAUUAUACUUGUGAUAAUUGUUCUAUUGCUCAUAGAUUUAAACCAUUUAUGUCUUAGACAUACAUUAACUUUAAUUAAAAUUAUACUCAAAAUUAUGAAUAAGGAUAAUGUUCAGGCUAAUUUGGAUAAGAUUUAAUCUCUGUUGCGGAUACACCUAUAUAUACAAAUCUAUCUUUUCUAUUAGCAGAUUAAGUAUCUAAUUUAUAUGUAUUAUUAUUACAUUAAUAUACAAGCUGUAAUUAUUGACUUCUGGUAUUAUGGGUCUAUCUAAUUGGAAUAAAUAUCAAAAUAUAUUUGAAUCAGCAUAUUCCAAUUAAUUAAUAUAGUCUCCGCUAUUUGGGUUUUAAUUUUCAAAUACUACUUAACCCUCAUAAUUGCUUUAUGGUAAAUUCAAUGAAUCUGUCUUAAAUUAAACUAUAUGGAUCCAAACUAAUAUGGAUAGAUCAUGGGUAUUCCUAUUUCUUUAUAUAGUCUACAUAAAUCUUAGGAGUUCAAAUUAACAAUAAAGAUUAUCUUUAUUUUAAAGAUCAUAGUAGUAUCUUUGAUUCUGGAACAUCUUGCUUAUUAUUAGAAGAAUAAGUCUAUUGGAAAAUCUAUUAUGAUUAUAUCAAUUGUGGAUUAAACUGCGACUGUAACAAAACAUAUCCUAAUCUUACUUUCUACUUUCAAGGAGCAAAAGUAACAGUACCUGAUACUGCUUAUAAGAGAUAUUUGUCAAAUGGAUCAUGUUCAAUUUGUAUAGGCUAAGCUAAAACAACAAAUAUUCUUGGAGAUCCAUUUAUGAGACAAUUUAUUUCUAUUUUCAAUAAAGAAGAAUAACUUAUUGGAUUAUAUUAGGCAUAAAAAGUUACUGAAAUCAAAUUCUGGUAUUUUUACACUCUUUUAGGAAUAUAAAUUCUCUUUAUAUGUGUUAUAGUUUAUUACUAGAUAAAAAGAAAAUUAUUUUAACUUGUUAAAGAAUGA